GGCGGCCAGCGACCCUUAUUUACCGAGCUCAAAAUGGCUGCCCUUCGUAUUUUCACACGCUCGUGCUUUCCAGCGAUUUUGCAAGGUCCCGUAGCUCUACAAUCGGUGAAGUGCGCAUCCCCGACUAUCACCGAGAUUUAUAAGAGAUGGAGUAGUUACAAAUCUUCGCCUAUAUACAAAGAUCCUUCUCAUUAUACAGACUAUGAUAUAUCUAAUGAUCCGGUAGAAUGGAGCUAUGUAGAACGUUUAAUGAGAUAUAAGAUUAUACCACAACCAAAAACUACUGAUACAAAUUUACCUUCAGGAUGGAAACCAGCCACUGCAAAACCCAGUGACCAUCCUUAUUUCAUACAACGUACAAAAAACCAUAUGCUACCUAUUUAUCUACAAAUAAAAUUUAGGGGAAUGAGAAAAGUAACGCAAAUACGUAAAAUACAAGGAGAUAUUUGGAAAUUAGAGAAAGAAUUAAAGCAGCAUAUUAAAGAAACAACAAAUAAAACAUUUGGUAGUAGAAUAAAUGAAAUGUGUGGUGAAAUUAAGUUUAGAGGAGAUUAUGUAUCUUGCGUUAAAAAGUGGUUACUAGCUAAAGGUUUCUAAAUUUUUCAAUGUAAAUUUUUGUUUAUAUUAUGAAUAUAAAAAUUGAAACAUUUAUAAUGUAAAUAUGAUUACAUAGGAACUGUUACAACAAAAUACUUUUAUGUAUAUUUGCAAAAAUAAAAACUUACAUCGCUUUAUAA